GACAGCGGUGCCUUGCGCACGCGCACGAUUGGCUAGCUGGGUGCACGCGACUCAGCUCAGCACCAGCGCAGCGAGCCGACCAUCCGUGCGACGCGAUGCCCCUCCGACGCGCUCCUCGCGCCAAGCAAGCAAGCGAGCAUCCAUCUUGCCUCGAGUUGAGCUCGCGUCGAUCUUGCUUCAUUCUUUGGUCCUUUCCGUCCUGUUCCUCCACUCGCGGCUUGUUCGCGUCGCAGCCUACCUCCCCCAGUCCACACCCACUUAGCUCGUUUCUUGUUGCUUUAUCCCGUGGGCCCAGCACAUAUAUAAUCCACUACCCCUUGGACCUCGCCGUGUAUCGAAGAGAGAGAGAGAGAGAAAGAAAACAGUAGAAAAUGCCUGAGUCACCUGAAUAUACUCCAUCCUCACAAGCCUUGUGUCCCCAAUGACAACACCUUCUGACAAACGGGUUGCCGUCGCUCCUCUCCUCUUCACCCUCCUCUCUUUCUCCUCCCCUUCCCCUACGCCACCGGCCCUCGUGUCGCCGGAGCCGUGCCCUAUGUGGGUCGCUGCGCGGUCUUCCCCCGCAACAACGCAUGGAACAUCCGCGUCGACGGCCUGCCCGUGCAUCCGCGCUCCGCCGCGUACGUGCGCUCCAUCGGCCUCAACGACUACACGCACCCCGACUUCGGCUCAGGCCUAUGGGACGGCGGGCCCAUCGGCAUCCCGUUCAACAUGGUCACCAAGGCCACGCGCCGCGUGUUCCCGUCCUUCUACUAUGGCGACGAGAGCGAGCGCGGGCCGUACCCCGUGCCGCGGCGCGGCGUGAAGGUGGAGUGGGGGUCGGACCACCAUGUGCUGGCGGUGGAUAGGGACACGUGCACGCUGUACGAGAUCUACGACUUCUCCAUGGAUGGGACCGGCCGAGUGUCGGCCGGCAGUGGCGCCAUCUGGAAUCUGACAUCCAACAAGCUCAGGCCCGCUGGAUGGACGUCUGCUGAUGCUGCUGGGCUGCCGAUGCUGCCGGGUUUGGCACGCUAUGGCGAGAUGCAGGCGGGGGCGAUAAAGCACGCGCUGCGCUUCACAGCGGCGGCCACGCAGAAGAAGUUCGUGUGGCCCGCCAGGCACUUCGCCAGCGACUCCACCGACCCCAACCUGCCGCCCAUGGGCCUGCGCCUGCGCCUCAAGAAGAGCUUUGACAUCUCCAGCUUCCCAAAGCAGACCCAAGUGAUCCUGCAGGCACUGAAGACAUACGGCAUGAUGCUGGCAGACAACGGCGCGCCCUGGUUCAUCUCGGGCGCGCCGCAUGCGGGGUGGGACAACGACGACCUGCACUCGCUGCACCGCGUGCUGGGGAAGAACUACGAGGUGGUGGACAUGAGCUCCGUGCGCAAGUACUAGCUGCUAGGCUGCUGCAUGCUGCCUACUCAUGGGAGCCAGGCGGGAGGAGAGGGGUAGGGGAGGGAGAUGAAUCGGAACAAAGGACAUGACCGCCAACGGAACAACUAGGCGGUGACUCAGCUCCGUGCGCACGUAGUAGCUGCUGCCUGUUGCCUGCUGCCUGCUGCCUGCUGAUGGGGGGCGGACAGGGAACAAAGCACACGACCACCGAUGGAACUACUUGGUGGCGGGCAUGAGCAAGUGCUAGUAGCUGCUUGGGGUGGCACAUGGUGGAGGGGGAGGGGGGGGGAAGAGGGGAGGGAUGAAGGGAUGGCAUUGAGGGGGUGCCUCGAAGGAACUAGGUACGAGGUCGUGGACAUGAGCUCCGUAUCUCCCAAGUACUUGCUGUUGCUGGGGAAGAGGGGGAAAAGGGGGGGAGUGGGGGUGGGUGGGCAGCGGCGGGAGGCGAGCUCAGGACACUGAGUGGACAAUCUUUUAUCAGAAUUGGGAUGUUACAAACAAUCCAGGGAGGUGGCAGAAUUACGGACCUACGGAACGUAUGGGAGUGACAGGGAUGGGAUGGGCAUGGGCCCUUCUUAUCAGUUUGUGGUAAAUUGUAUAUAAUCUGUUGGCUAAUACCGGGACAUAUAGUAGCCAGCGUAUGUGGUUGCAGGCGUGUUUUAUCAUCAGAUCGGAAAUCCACUGGAGUGCCUAGGAGCGUGGCUACCACGUAGGUUGGGAAGGCUGUUCCAUCCCACGAAUUUCGGGAAGUACCGCGGGACACAUUUUGCCAGAGGCCGAGUUCAUUUUCGGCUGUUAGUGUCAACUUCUACAUAUAUUGUCAUGUAGAAGUUAUAGGCUAGAUAGGGUAUGUUCUUAGUGGGUACAAUCCAAACGCUAUAUCUCCCCUGUUCUCCCUU